CAUUUCAAGAGACUAUUCCUCCCUCCUCCUCCUCCCCCGCCGUCUUUGCUACUUCUCUCGUCUCUCCUCCCCCGUCGGCCGUCGCUGCUGCUGAGACGUCAGACCCCGUCGUCGGUCGCUCCUCUCCGGUUCGUCAGCCAGCCUCCGUCUCCCGCCCCGGGCUUCCUCCUCCUGCGGUGGGCGGAGGAGGUGGAGGUGGAGGUGGUGCAGGUUCGUGGUAGCGCGCGCCCGCCCAACCGCCCGGCGGCCAUGGAGAAGAGGAAGCGGGUCCUGGAGCUGAGGGACCGGCUGGACCGGACGCUGGCGAUGCCCGACCUCGCGGAGGAGGCCUCGCUCAGGGCGCUGGUCAAGAAGCAGAUCCUCGCGUCUUCCCUCUCCGCCUCCGAUCAAGGCGACAUCGACCUGAUCGCUGAAACGCGGGCCAGAGAAGUCUCUGAGUUUCUUGAAAUGCUGAAUACUUCGAGGGAUGGACGAUCUUCGAAGGUUCGUGGGGUGCCACAGAAGGAGUGGAAGGUGAAGCAAGAUACAGACCAAUUAAGAGUCAUGUACCGUGAGGGCCCAGAUGGGACCCCAUUUCACACCCUGCUUGCUGAAGGCUUUGCUGAUGGACCUAUUGACGUCUGUACAUGUGUGUCGUGGGAAUCAGCUCUUUACAAGAAAUGGUUUCCACAAUACAACCUUCCAACUUUUAGAAUUGAUCAGUCAGGCUGCUUGAAAAAGGUCCGGAUUGGUGAAGAGAUUUGUAUGGUCAGGGUGAAGGUUCCAUGGCCGGUUUCAGAGAGAGAGGCUCUUCUACACUAUUUUGAAUUGGAAUAUCUUAAAGAAGAUGUCGUCAUUGUGAUAAUGAAAACUUUAUCAGACUUGGAUAGCAUAAAUGUACAAACACAUGGAUUUAGCAGGGAUGGAAUUCCUGAAGCUGGUGACACAGUUCGAAUAGAUGUGUUUGGAGGCUUUGUAUUGCAAAGGAUUACAAAAGAAAAAAGCUUUUUCAGGGCAAUAGCUAAUAUGGAUAUUAAGCUAGAUUUUGUUCCACCAUGGUUGAUCAACUUCAUAUCGAGGCAGCUAAUAGGCAGUGGGCAUAAGCUGUAUCAAAAGGCUGUCAGUACUGUGGCCACUCAUGAUGAUGACUACAGGAAAGCUUUGAGAGGACCACUCUAUGUCAGGAUCCGUGAAUACCAGGAUUCUGAUGACAAGGCAAAGGUGACCGCAGCAGAGGAAAAUGCUACUGAGGUGCCCUCUGCUAAUGCCACUAUACAAAAUCAUUUGUCACUAACAAAUACCAUAUCGAAUAGCGAGAUUGUGGAGGAGACUGAACAGAACACAUCCAUCAAUGUGGAUAAUCUUACAACUAGCCAUCCCUAUGAACCAGUUGAACAAGCGCAACAGGUCGAAAAUAAACCUUAUAUCAGUCCUGAGGUAGAGCGCGCAAUGUGUAUACUGGACACUGCUAUUGCAGUUCUCAAAGGCGAUAAGGCUGGAAAUGUUAUCACGCUACAAAAUUUGCUCAGUUACGAUGCAACUUUGGAAGAGAGUACUGCUGGUUCGAGAACUUCACAAACAAACAUUCUUAAUGCAGACAAUCUUCUGAACGGACAUCCUAUUACCACACCGCCACAAGACUCCAGAGAUAUCCGACAAGCACAUCCAUUGCCCAGUGAUGAAGGCAGCGAUGGCACAGAAGACACCAUCUACAAAAAUUCUCUGAAAAAUUCGACAGCUUCUACCGUGACAACGACCAUGUCAAUGACAUUGCGAAGUGCAAUAAGGGUGCACGGUGAAGAGAGCCUAGACACCAAUGGCUUCCAUCAGAAUGGUCUGAGCAACAACAAAGAGUCAAAGCGAGCUAGGAAGACCAAGAGAUGGCUCUGCUGCUUAACCCCUACCACUGUUGGAUGAUUGGGACCCAUCAUAAGAGUUCAUUCAAGCGAAAUUGCUGAUUUUUGAGUGUACAAUAGCAGAUAGUAAAAAAUAUAGAAAUUUAAUGCUUCAACGGUUACCCAAUGUGGGUUCAGAUUACAAUUCAGGAGGUUCUUCAUCGGUUACGGUUCAGAUGACAAGUCAGGAGGCAGGUUCUUGCUGUCGUAGCUCGUAGAUAAUAAAUAUCUUGAUAAAUGUAAAGUUGUAUUGUUGUAAAACAAUAUGUAAUAAUUCUUUUCACGAGGGCCCUGAUUUGGGUUCCAGGUUUGUAAGUACAGAAACACGCACAGGGUAAGAUUAGUUCCUUCCAGUUAGAGAAGGAAUUGCAGUGGCAUUCAGUGAACUCUCAGAUCUGCAAUUCUGCAUCAUACUUUUCCAGCCAA